UUCUCUCUCCCCAGUUGUUUACGUUUAUCCAACAUGGAGGACGAGGUGGAUGUUGAUAUCGAAGGAGACGAGUUUGAAAGCAGUACUAGUGAGCUGAAUGGAGGAGGUUUAGGCCAGGAGCAGUUCAUACAGUCAGCGUGGAAAAGCAGCGCAGGCAUACUGCCAUGGGAGCUGGACAGCUCCAUCAGCCCAGAGAACAGGGAGGUGAUCGAGAGGAUGCUGCUGGAGGAACAAUACUACCUGACAGGUGAGGGGAUUCCUAACAAUAUUUGGGAAAGUGAUGCGAACAACGAGCCCAAAGUGAAGAAGUCUCCAGUCAAGACGUCUGCCUCUGCCUCAGGCUCCUCUUCUCGUUGGUCCAAACAGGAGAAAGAACUGUUUGAGGAAGGACUGGCUCAGUUUGGUCGAAGGUGGACUAAGAUUGCCAAGUUGGUGGGUAGCCGUUCCGUUAUGCAGGUUAAGAGCUAUGCCAGGCAGUAUUUUAAACACAAGGCUAAAUCAGAACCCAGUGCUGCAGCUCCCUCUGCAGGCCCUGCGCUGCACUUACAACCACCUCAGCCCACCUCCAGUCGUGCAUCCUCUCAGACAAACACUGUCCGCAUAGAGAAGCUUUCUGAUGACGAGAAUGAGGAGGUAGACAUCACUGAUGACCUGAGCGAUGAUGGAGACGGCGACGAUGAGCCGCAGGCUGUUCUCAAGACUGAGUUCUGUGAGCCUGAGCAGCUGGCAGGCACUGAGAUCCAGGCAGUCACAGAGGAGCAGAACGAGGCGGGUCUGACUGAGACAAGGGACCAGCCCAGCCACACCUCGCUGUUUCCACAAAGUCCCCAACCCUCAUCUCCCUUACCUUCUUUAGAGAAGACCAUUGUGACUGGGGUGGAUGAGAAAAGCAACAAGAGAGCAUCACACCCCCAUAAAGACCUUCGCGCAUGUGCUCAGACGGGCUCGGAGCAAGUGACAGAUGAGAAUGGAGGCCAGAGCUCCCAGUCUGAUAGCUCAGCACAGACUGGUCCACUGGAAGAGGCCUUUAGCGAUGGCACAGAUACUGCUGAUAAGACUGAGCAGAGUGCAGCUGAUAGACCAGAAGAAGACCAAGAGGAGGAGGAGGAGGAGGAGGAGGAAGAAGAGCAGGAAGAAGAAGAAGAAGAGGAGGAGGAGGAGCUUAAGCCCCCUGAACAGGAAAUAGAGAUGGACAUGGAGACCACCACUGAGGAUGAGAAACAAGCUAUCCCAGAGUUCUUUGAGGGACGACCAUCCAAGACUCCUGAAAGAUACCUUAGGAUCCGAAACUACAUCCUGGAUCAAUGGAUGAAGAGCAAGCCCAAGUACCUAAACAAGACGUCAGUCCGCCCUGGACUGAAGAACUGCGGAGACGUCAACUGCAUUGGGAGGAUUCACACCUACCUGGAGCUCAUUGGAGCCAUCAACUUCAACUGCGAGCAAGCAGUCUAUAAUCGCCCAAAGGUGGUGGACCGCUCCAAGCACAAGGAGGGCAAAGAUGUGUAUGAGGCCUACCAGCUCGCCCAGAGACUGCAGAGUAUGCGGACCAGGAAGCGUCGUGUGCGGGACAUAUGGGGAAACUGGCGUGACUCUAAAGAUUUGGAGGGACAGACGUAUGAGCAUCUCAGUGCUGAGGAAGUGGCUCUGCGGAGAGAAGAGCUGAAGAAGCAGCCCAAACCCUGCAAGAUCUCCAGAUUAAGGGGGUCUAUUGAUCCCUUCCAGCUGAUUCCCUGCAGGUCUUUUGGAGAGGAUGUACAGGAACCAUUCCAGGUUAUUGUGUGUGCAGAGACUCUUCUCAUAAUGGACAUGCAUGCCCACGUGUCGCGAGGGGAAGUCAUCGGCCUGCUAGGCGGAACUUUCAGUGAGGAAGAGAGAGUAUUAAAGAUCUGUGCAGCGGAGCCAUGCAACAGUGUGAGUACAGGUUUGCAGUGCGAGAUGGACCCGGUGUCUCAGACACAGGCCUGUGACGUGCUGUCGUUGCUGGGCUUCAGUGUGGUGGGCUGGUACCACUCGCAUCCCACCUUCCACCCCAACCCUUCAGUACGGGACAUCAACACACAGGACCAGUUCCAGAGUUAUUUCUCACGCGGCGGAGCCCCCUUCAUCGGGAUGAUAGUGAGUCCAUAUGACCCAGCCAACCCCUCCCCCCACUCCCAAACUACCUGCUUGUUGGUGAAAGAGAGCCAGGAGCCGUCAGGCCCACAGAAGCUGCCCUACCGGUUUGACUUCCUGUCAUCACAAGACAUUCCAGACUGGGAACAGAUGUUGAGAAGAGCUCAGUGGAUCAUCCACAAAUACAGCCAAACACCCGGGAGUGUGCAUAUGGAGAGAUUGUUCCGGAAAGACUCCCAUCUCACCUAUCUGGAGAAGAUGCUGUCAUCUCUGGCCAGGUACCUGGAGCCCCUGCCAGAUGAGGAGGGAGACCCCUUCCUCACCCAGAUCCAGGCGCUUUUCCAGUCAGACUUUAUUGCCAAGCAGCAAGAGGGGGAAUCUUUUAUCUUGUCCAGACCAGAAGUCUCAGAUGAUUUUGCUUUUGAUCAGCUGAUCAGCGAGGAGAGGCCCCAGGAGGGAGGAAGAGACUCUGAUCCGGAUUCUGGCAGAGCUUCAGAUAGUAGUGCACAGCCCACGGACACAAACUCAGACACAAACAGCAGCACAGUUUUGCAUCUGGGCUCUGUGUUGUCGACUGAACAUGACUAUUUACUGUAAUGGACCAUAUAACUCAUCUAAUUCUCAAAGAAUAACCACAAUGUAAAGUAGAAUGAAGGACAAUUAAGUUUUGUAUCAGUGUUACCAACUUACUUAUUUAGUUUUUAUAAAAUGUUAUGGAAAUAAGCGAUUCAUUUUCUCAGUUCUGCAAGUUUCUUUAAAACAUAAAAAUAAAAAUAUAUUUUCUUA